CCCCCCGUCCCCCCCGCCGGUUCUGCCUUGCGCCAGCCGACGCCAGCGACCACCUCUCCGCCACUAUCUACGAUUUCCCCCCAUCCGUUCUUCACGCCGACCACCGGUUCCAUCGCAUCACCAGUUCUGCCACCAUCUCUUUCUGUCUCCUUUCCUUCCGUCUUCCUCUUUCAAGCCGUCACCACCAUCUCCUCGUCUUCUCCGGCGUCAGCCACCGCCACCGGUGACAACUUGCAGGGCCGGACCUAUAGUGAGGCCCAUGAGGCGGUUGUCUCAGGGCCCAUAAAUUUUGUCAUUUUUGGGGGCCCAUAAAUUUUUUCCAAGCCCACCCCCAUUCAGCGCCUUCUGCAAACCCUUCUCCCUUCUGCAAAUCCUACUCCCUCUCUGGCUCUCUCCCUCGCCCUCGCCCUCGUCCUCGUCCUCACCCUCGCUCUCGCUCUCGCUCGGCCUCGCCCUCGCUCUCGCCCGGCCUCGCCCUCGCUCUCGCCUCUCGCUUGACGCUUGCUCGCUCUCUCGCUCUCGCCCUCGCCUCUCAGUCGGUAGCUGGGGAAGUCGCAUCUAUGGCUAUUGGCUCUGGCUCUCUAACUCUUGCUCUCGCUGGGUGACUGGGUCGCUCGCCUCUCUGCAUUGCCAUUGGGACACUUUGGUUCAAUCUUUUGAGGUUUGGUUCAAUCUUUGGUGUUGUGUUCUGUUCGUGUUCAAAUUCAGUACCAGUGACAAAAAAAUCUUUUGGUUCAAUCUUUGCUGUUGUGUUCUUGUUCUUGGCUGGCAGGCAGUAGCCACUGGCCAGUGGGCAUCCCUUCAUUCUGUAGAGGGCCCAUUUUUACAUUUCGACACCCUGGUGACAACCACGACCACCAUCUCGCUCAUUUUUGGCGUUGCACAAUCACUGGUUCGGCCGCUGGUGAGUAUCGUGAAGCUGUUGUUAUACCUAAAAGAGCCACCCAGUUAAUUACCUCUUGAGACCAAAACUAGGCCAAUAUGCCGUCAAUGGCUCCUUCUAGUCCUCUUGGAACUAGCAAAACCUCGACGCAUGCCCAGAACCAGAGGCAGAGAGGUAACAAUGAUAAUGAUAAUAAACUAGCGAACAACAUUGAUAACUUAUCCAAUGAUGUCCGAGAAAAAGCAAUCCCCUUAGUGAGGAAGGAGAUGAUUGCUAAGCAAAGAAAAUCCUUGCCUAUUGCCUCAGUUGAAAAGCAUCUUGUUGAAGAGGUCAAGAGUAAUGAUGUAUUAAUAAUUGUUGGCGAAACAGGAAGCGGAAAGACAACACAGCUACCACAGUUUCUAUUUAAUGCUGGAUUCUGCCAUGAUGGGAAGAUUAUUGGAAUAACUCAACCCAGACGGGUUGCUGCUGUUAGUGUUGCAAAAUGGGUGGCAGACGAAUGUGGUGUCAAGUUGAGCACCAAGGUUGGGUAUUCGAUUAGAUUUGAUGAUAUGACUUCUAGUUCAACAAGGAUCAAAUACAUGACAGAUGGGCUGCUCUUAAGGGAAGCAUUGUUGGAUCAAUAUCUCUCAAGGUAUUCAGUUAUUAUUGUUGAUGAGGCUCAUGAGAGAACUGUCCACAGUGAUGUCUUGCUUGGCUUGUUGAAACGUGUACAGAAAGUUAGGUCUGUACCUAUUAAUGAGUGUCUUAAUAAUGUUGAUCGUACAAAUCCAAGCAAUGGCAUGCUGAUGGAGAAGAAAAAUGGCGCUCCAUCUACUAGUCUUGGCAGACAGUAUCAGCGAAUAAAGCUUAGUCCAUUGAAGUUAAUCAUCAUGUCUGCCAGUCUGGAUGCACGGGUUUUUUCUGAAUAUUUUGGUGGUGCAAGAGCUGUUCAUGUUCAAGGGCGACAAUUUCCUGUAGAUAUACUCUACACCCGUCAUCCGGAGACAGAUUAUGUUGAUGCUGCUCUAAUUACUAUAUUCCAGAUACAUUUCGAGGAGGGUCCUGGUGAUAUACUUGUAUUCCUGACUGGCCAAGAAGAGAUUGAAUCAGUUGAGAGGCUUGUCCAAGAAAAACUUCAACAGUUACCAGAAAACAGUCGGAAGCUAAAAGUUUUAUCAAUAUUCUCAUCUCUUCCAUCAGAAAAGCAGAUGCAGGUCUUCAUGCCAGCUCCGAGUGGAUUUCGAAAGAUUGUACUGGCAACUAAUAUUGCUGAAACAUCCGUAACAAUACCUGGAAUCAAGUAUGUCAUAGAUCCUGGAUUGGUGAAAGCUCGCACCUACUGUGCUCGUACAGGGGUGGAAUCAUUGGUGGUUGUUCCAACAUCUAAAGCACAGGCUCUCCAAAGAAGCGGACGUGCAGGCCGUGAAGGCCCUGGAAAGUGCUUCCGCCUUUACCCUGAGAGUGAGUUUGAGAAACUCAAUGAUUCCACUGUUCCCGAGAUUAAGCGGUGCAACCUAUCAAAUGUUAUUUUGCAACUCAAGGCUCUUGGUAUUGAUGAUAUUAUUGGGUUUGAUUUCAUGGAAAAACCAUCAAGGGAAGCUAUUGUCAAAUCAUUGGAACUACUGGUCUUGCUAGGUGCUCUAACAGAGGAGUAUAAAUUGUCAGAUCCAGUUGGUCAUCAAAUGGCCCGGCUACCCUUAGAGCCUAUUCACUCAAAGGCACUUAUUUUGGCUAAUCAGUUCAAUUGCUUGGAAGAAAUGUUAAUUGCUGUUGCAAUGCUCUCGGUGGAAUCUAUUUUCUUUAACCCCCGUGAGAAGUUGGAGCAGGCACAAACUGCAAUAAAGUGCUUCGCAAGUCUGGAAGGAGACCAUAUGACUUUAAUUAAUGUUUAUCGAGCUUCUGAUGAGUUGUUGAAGAGCAAGAUUGGGAUCAGUACAGAAAAAGCGGAAAAGAGUGUAAGAAAAUGGUGCAAGGAAAAUUUUGUUAAUAGCCGCUCCCUAAAGCAUGCUCGGGACGUUCACAGGCAAGUUCGGGAAAAUGUUGGACGGAUGGGUCUGCAUGUUUCUUCUUGUGGAGAUGAGAUGCUCCAAUUUCGUCGUUGCCUUGCAGCUGCUUUUUUCCUCAAUGCAGCUUUGAAGCAAGCUGAUGGUACAUACAGGGUCUUGUCAAGUGGUCAGGUGGUGCAAAUCCACCCAUCUUCUGUGCUAUUUGGAACGAAGCCGGACUGUGUAAUCUUCGAUGAGCUAGUCCGAACCAAUCACAAUUACAUGCGCAAUGUUACUAGAAUUGAUUAUUUGUGGUUGCCAGAGUUGGCUCCUCAGUACUAUGUCUUGCAAGAUCAAGCUUAAUUUUUGUAGCUUAUGCGCCUCACUUGGGAAGGUCAUCUGUGGGGCCAUUGGCAGGUGUAAUGCUUUCCGGCUUUCAAUUCCACCUCGUUAUGGCCUGAAGCUGAGAAAAGUGGCCGAGCUCGAGCCUAGAAACUGACUUGCCUCGCCAAGCCAAGCCAAGCCUGAGGAGGAGGCUUGGCUCGUUUCUAUUGCAACCCUACUCUUGGCUCUCGCUCACUCUCAGGUUUGUUUACUUGUUUAAUUUUGGGAUUUUGAUUUGGUGCUAGCUUGUGUUUGCCCCUUUCCGACCGUGAUGAAGACUUGAUUAGACAGUUGCAUUUUGCCACAUAGAUCCUUGCAUUUUGCCACCGGCUCUCACUCUCAUUCUCAUCUUCCUCUCUCCCUGUUUGAACAGUAGACACCUCUCUUGCUGCUCCUACAAACAAUCUAUUUUCUUCAUUAAGUGCAUUUUCCUCUGUAGAACUUGCAACACAAAAUAACGAGGAAUACAUUGAGUUGUCCAACACCAACUGAAAACAUUAUGACAUUAUUUGUAUAUGUUUGUAUGUAUACACUAGUUUGGAAUCUUGUUAGAUGGAAAGAAGUAUCUGCCUCGGAAUCCUCUUAGGAAUUGCUUUAAGUAUGCUAAAAGGAAUGAGGUAUACAAGGCGGUGAACGUGGUGGGCGACGAGGAGGCUCCCAUCUAGAUAGUAUGUAUUUAUAGAGGAUAUUACCAACACUUUUUGACAUGUUUUUGUAGGAGAAAUUUGAGCGAUUGUAUUAUCCUCUCUUUUGUAUCAUGUAAACGCGACUAGGGAAGAAGGGGACCAUGCAAUUAAGUUGGCUGAAUUGUACAGUGAUUGUUUGGCUGCAAUGACUGAUUUGGCCUUGAAUGAUGACCAAAGCUGAGCAUUUUGCUUCUUGUUCUGGAUGUUUUUGGUGGUUGUAAUCAGAAUGUUUGCAAGUUGUGCGUGUUGUU